UUAUUUGUUUCCCACUUCUCUUAUAGCUGGUGAAUUUUGCUUAACGGCUUGGUAUAGUCAGUUUUAAGUUUCAAUGGAGACCCAUACUGUCGACGAUACUGUAUGCGAGCGGGAUAUCAGGGAAGAUGUAUCACACACCGCUGCAACAGCUCCUCGUAUUUCGAAAAAGCGAAAACCAGGAUGGAAUCGCUGUGAGGUCGCGGAAUGCCCAAACACAUCUCGAUCGCCUGGUAUCAAGAUGUUCCUGUUUCCCUCAGUUCUAGAAGUUCAGCGGAGGAGAAUAUGGAUACAUCUGUGUCGCCGCAGUAACUGGAAGCCAAGAAAUGGAGCCCGCAUGUGCAGCGCUCACUUUCUCCCGUCUGACAUUAUCAGAGGGGCAAAGCGAACUCGGCUGAGUAAGGAUUCUAUACCAUCCGUGUUUGAUUGUCUGCCAAAGCUAGUGCGUCCCGCAUCAAGUGCUGCAAAAAGAAGCCGAAAAAGAAUAAGAAAAAGUGAUGUCCUGCAGCAGCAGCCUACCACUGAUCCCGAAACGGAGCUUGAGACGUUUCAGUGCGACGCUCUGACUGCCAAACGUAAUCACCACAAAGCAGAAAAAGAGGGGAAAAUGUUACUGAAAAAACUGAUUUCUGCUGAGAAACGGUUGCUGGCCGAAUCAACGUGCCUUGAGAAUGCGAAUGCAGAAAUUCGACGUCUGAAUGCCGAACUCCAGCAGUAUCAAACCCUGGACUUAGCAAGACAAAGCGCAAUUCAGGAACUUGAAGAACGUUGUCACGCUUUGCAGACUUCCAACUCAGUGCUCAUGGAGAAUUGUUCAUCUCUCGAAGCAACAAUGGAAACGAAUAAGCAGGCUGCCGAAAACCUAGCAAAACAAUAUGAAAAAAAUAUUGCAGAUCUUCAGGAAAGCUAUAAAAAACAAGAAUUCCGAGUAGAGAAAUUCCAAGGAAAUGAUUCCGCUAUCCAGCGACUGACUGGACUACCAUCAUACAAGCAUGUUGAGCUCCUGUUUUAUGAAUACUUUGACGGAAAAAACCCGGAAUUUGUGGAACGGUUUCAGUUAAGAGUCAAGGGAGAACAUUACCCUGACCGUCGGAGAAAGCGAGGUGGAAGGACGAUGUCGUUAAGCUACUUCAACCAAUGUUUCUUAGCGCUGCUUAAACUGCGGACGGGCUUAACCGAAGAUAUUAUCUCUGCAAUAUUUUGUAUCAGUCAGCAAGUCGUCAGCCAGUACUACAACGUAUGGAUAAAGAUAAUGCACGAGCGAUUUCAGAUGUUGUUUUGCAAAUGGCCGGAAUUUAAAGUGCCUGUUGUUAUACCAUCACACAUCGCCCGUCAGUUUCCCAGUCUUACUGGCAUCGUUGACUGUUUCGAAAUUCGGAUACAAAAGCCGAAAAAUCCUGAUACCCAAAGGCGUUGUUACAGCAAUUAUAAGCGAUCUACUACAGUGAAAGUUUUCGUCGCCAUGGAACCGAACGGUAAUAUUUGCUAUGUAUCGCACAUUUAUCAAGGAAGUAUCUCAGAUGUUGAAAUCGAUAAACGUUCAAGGUUUUUGGAUUGUUUGCCAUUGGGUUCAGUUAUUUUGGCUGACAGAGGGUUUCAGCUCAAGGAGCUUGCUGCCUCAAAAGGUAUCACAUGGAUUGUCCCUCCUAGUGUGGAGGGCAACUGUGGGAUGACUUACGCAGAGCUUGAGUUGACAUACAAAAUUGCGCGGGUGCGGAUCCACAUUGAGCGCGCUAUUGGUAGAAUGAAAAGGUGGAGGGAACUCGAUGGUCCGCUUGAGAUUACCACACUGGAGAGAAAAGAUAAAGAGAUACAAGUCGUUGCCCACUUGUGCAAAUUUCUUCCCGAUUUAAUCCCAGAAAUCGAAGCUAGUGUUCCAUCUGAUGACUCUAUGGAACCGCAGGACAACGUGUGCAGCGCCUUUUCUGUGCAAGAUAUUUUUCAAAACGAGAUCGACUGUUAACGAACGUUUUCUGUUUUGCAAUUUACUUUUACCUGUUGCUAAUAAA